AUGCCGAGAUCAAAACGUUCCAAGCUCGUCACUUUGGCGCAAACAGACAAAAAGGGAAAGGAAAACAAGGCUCGCAUAUUUGAUGAGGUUAGAGAAGCUCUUGAUGAAUUCAAAUACGUGUGGGUUUUACAAUUAGAUGAUGUGAGAACUCCAGUUUUGCAAGAUAUCAGAUCCGACUGGGUUGGUUCCAAAUUGAUGUUGGGAAAGAGAAGAGUUUUGGAAAAAGCUCUUGGUGAUACUCCUGCCGAGGAAUACAAAGACAACUUGCACAAAUUGGCCAAACUUUGUUCUGGUGUUUCCGGAUUGUUGUUCACAAACGAAACACCUGAAACUGUGGAGGCAUAUUUCAACGCCUACACCAAGGCCGAUUACUGCAGAGCCAAGUCAAAGGCCCCUAUUGACUUUACAAUUCCAGAGGGUAUUGUUUACUCCAGAGGCGGGCAGAUUCCUAUUGAGGAGGAUGUUCCAAUGUCGCACUCCUUGGAGGAGACCUUGAGAAACAAGUACAAGAUCCCAACGAAGAUCAAGUCGGGAAAGAUUUUCAUCAACGAGCCAUUUGUUGUCUGCACCAAGGGAGACACGUUGGACGUGACGCAAGCGUUGAUUUUGAAGCAAUUCGGUGUCGCUGCUUCGGAGUUCAAGGUCAAGAUGAUUGCUUACUACGAUGGCGAAUCUUGUGAAGUCAAGAAGUUUUAA